UGUUGCUGGUGGUGUGAACAAGGCUCCUCUCCCUCAGAUAAUAUGUUCUCCUCUACACUCAUAGUCUUGCAGGUGAUGCUGCUUGUGAUGUCGAUGUUAGACAACACCGAGGCAGCAGAAAGUCCUCACUUUCUGCUGAAGGGACAGUGUCCCGUAGUGACGCUGGCAGAGGGCUUCGACGCACAGAAGUUCGGUGGCUUGUGGUACAGGAUCGGUGGUCUUCCCAACGUCGAGGAACGCUCCGUCAACUGCACUGUCUACAACUAUGUUGACACAGGUUCCGGAUACCAGGUAAACUCAACUGGUAUAGGCAGAGAUGGAGCAGCUGUCAACCAGAGCAUCAACCUGACAGUGACCACUCCAGGCACUGCUAAGUUCUCAACACGAGUCAGAACUUUCGACGCGGAGAUGAUGGUUCUUAACACCGACUACACCACUUACUGCUGCCUCUUCACCUGCUACAACUUCCAGGGAACACACAAGGCAAUCUUCGCCUGGAUUCUCUCCAGAACCUCCUCCUUGGAUAAGCAAAAGAUCGCCAGCUGUCAGAAAGAGCUGGAGAGGGUGGGAGUUCCCCUGGACCGACUGAGAGGGACAUACCAGGGUCAGCAGUGUAACCACCAGUAACACCUCGCUUCCCCCGUCCGUGAUCUCCCAGGCUCACACCACACUAAUGAGGACCCACUUCAGUAACGGUCUAGACGUUCUUUGCCUCCAUGGUAACGACCCCCUUCAGUAACGGUCCAGACCCACUUUGCUCCCCUGGUAACGAUCCACUUCAGUAACGGUCCAGACCUACUUUGCCUCAUCCCCCCCUGGUAACGACCCACUUCGGUGACUGCUCAUGCCCCUUAAAUCCUCAACAGUGGCGAUGCACUUCGGUGACUGUCCAGGCACACUACAGUGUUCUUGUAGUUCCUGGAUGCCCUUUCGCCGCAUCCUUUGGCCUCUGAGCAACUCUUAUUGGUAAAUGUCACUACUGCUUAGCGAU